ACAAAUUGUUAACCAUUAAUAACUAUUAACUGAUAUCUUAACAAAUCUUUUACAAUUUAGCAUAUAAAUAUUGAUAAUUUUCAAAAUCGAACCGAUAAAUACGCGGUCGCAUUUCCUACUGUUUUGGUAAGCCAAUUAAAUAAAGAAAAAUACAAAUAUCUUACUGUUAGAUUUUUUAGCGUACUGGUUUUCAGUUUAAUAGUUACAACAAUAAACAACACACGAGUUCGAACCCCCACUCUUUCCCACCAAUGAACUUCUAGGGCUUUUAAUCUCCAAAAACAGCCGCCGCACACCCUCUCCCGCCGCCAUGAAAUCAAAGCGCAACCGUCCUCCGCCGGCGCUUCCUCCUCCUCCUCCGUCCACGGCGUCAUCGGAAUCCGAUUAUGCCUUCACCUUAACGAAUACAGCCGUUGCGCAGAUCUGCAGUUCCACCGGAUUCACAGCGGCGGAAUCUCCCGCACUCCGCAUACUAACUGAAAUCGCCACCAGGUACCUACGAUCAAUCGCUAAAUCCGCCGCGGAAUCAGCCAAUUCAGCCAACCGUACGGAGUCAAAUCUUACUGAUACUACCUCCUCCGUGGAGGCGCUGUGCUCCGUCACCGGAUUCCCCGGAGCUUCGGAAGUUACCGGAAGUUUCCUCAACUCCGGCGCGGUGACGGAGCUCGCUAAGUUCACGGAGCAUUCGGAAGAAAUUCCGUUUGCGAAACCGUUACCUAGAAAAAUAUUUUCAAUAGGCAGUGAAAAAAGUGGUAAAGUUUUGGGCAAUGUAGGGAGUAAUAGUAAUAGUGAGUAUAUUGGAGGAGAGAGGAAGAAGCACAUUCCGAAAUGGUUACCGGCAAUGCCGGUGAUUGCGAAGGAGGAAGAAAAGGGGAGGGAAAAAGGAAAAGAAAUUUGGGGAUUUUGCGGUAAAGCUAAGGAAAUAGAAAUAGAGCGGGAACAGAAAGGGGAGGAAAAUAAUGAUAGAGGAGAAAGGAAAGGAAUUGAAUUAGCUUUGAACAGAGAGAAAGUGAGGUUUAAAAUAGGGAGUGAUGGUGGUAGUGGUGGGCUGUUGGGUGGGGGUGUGUGUAGAAGGGGUGGAAUAGGGAAGAGAGUUUUGUGUGAGAAUUGGAGUUUUGAUGAUAAAAAUCAUCAUCAAAACAUAGGAACAAAAUGAGAUGAUGAUGGAUUAAUAGUAUGUAUGAGGAAAUUGGUGUUUUUUUUUUGGUUUGAUGUUAGCAGGAAUUGAACCCUUGACGUUGUUGUGGGGGUCUAUAAAACGAACAUUUUUUUUUGUCAGUUGAAGACCAUUUUCACUCUGGUUUGAAAAGGAGAGGGAGGACGCCAUCUAUUAUUAAUUAUGUUUCUAGGUUAAGGUGUACUCAUGAUUUAAUACUUGAUGGAUGCUUUUUUUGCCGAGGAAGGCUAGUAGCUAGUGAAAUACUGUCUGUUAUAGCAAAUAGUUUAUUAUGUUUCAGUUACUAUGCUAUGUUGUUGUUAUUGUUAUAUUGUUGUUACUGUUAUUGCUUUCUUGA